UCCUUCGCCCUCCCCUCUCUUUUCUCCCUCUCAGAACCUUCCUGCCUCUGCGUUCGGACCUCGCUCCUCCAGCCUCUGGGACACGUCCAUCCUUCCAGCCUGCGAUUAGCAGUAUAGAAAAAAAAAAUUCCAUAUCAUUUUCUUGCCCCGUACACACCUUGAGGCGAGCAAAAGAAUUAAAAAUAAAUUUUAACAAUGAGGGAAAUCGUGCACAUCCAGGCCGGUCAGUGUGGCAACCAGAUCGGUGCCAAGUUCUGGGAGGUAAUCAGUGAUGAGCACGGCAUCGACCCCACCGGAACCUACCACGGUGACAGCGACCUGCAGCUGGAUCGCAUCUCCGUGUACUACAAUGAAGCUACAGGUGGCAAAUACGUUCCUCGUGCUAUCUUGGUGGAUCUAGAACCCGGGACCAUGGACUCUGUUCGCUCAGGUCCUUUUGGGCAGAUAUUCAGACCAGACAACUUUGUUUUCGGUCAGUCUGGGGCAGGCAACAACUGGGCCAAGGGCCACUAUACAGAGGGGGCUGAGCUGGUUGACUCAGUCCUGGAUGUGGUGAGGAAGGAGGCUGAGAGCUGUGACUGCCUGCAGGGCUUCCAGCUGACCCACUCGCUGGGUGGGGGCACAGGCUCUGGAAUGGGCACCUUGCUCAUCAGCAAGAUCCGAGAAGAGUAUCCUGACCGCAUCAUGAACACCUUCAGUGUGGUACCCUCACCCAAAGUGUCUGACACGGUGGUCGAGCCCUAUAACGCUACCCUCUCCGUCCAUCAGCUGGUAGAGAACACGGAUGAGACCUACUGCAUUGACAAUGAGGCCCUGUACGACAUCUGCUUCCGCACUCUCAAGCUGACCACGCCAACCUACGGGGAUCUGAACCACCUCGUCUCAGCCACCAUGAGCGGUGUCACCACCUGCCUCCGCUUCCCUGGUCAGCUCAAUGCUGACCUCCGCAAGCUAGCCGUCAACAUGGUGCCCUUCCCACGUCUCCACUUCUUCAUGCCUGGCUUCGCACCUCUGACCAGCCGCGGCAGCCAGCAGUAUCGGGCCCUCACUGUGCCCGAGCUCACCCAGCAGGUCUUUGAUGCCAAGAACAUGAUGGCCGCCUGUGACCCCCGCCAUGGCCGUUACCUCACCGUGGCUGCUGUCUUCCGUGGGCGGAUGUCCAUGAAGGAGGUAGAUGAGCAGAUGCUCAACGUGCAAAACAAGAAUAGCAGCUACUUCGUGGAAUGGAUCCCCAACAACGUCAAGACAGCAGUCUGCGAUAUCCCACCUCGUGGCCUCAAGAUGGCAGUCACCUUCAUCGGCAACAGCACGGCCAUCCAGGAGCUGUUCAAGCGCAUCUCGGAGCAGUUCACGGCCAUGUUCCGGCGCAAGGUCUUCCUCCAUUGGUACACAGGUGAGGGCAUGGACGAGAUGGAGUUCACUGAAGCUGAGAGCAACAUGAACGACCUGGUCUCCGAGUACCAGCAGUACCAGGAUGCCACCGCAGAAGAAGAGGAGGAUUUCGGUGAGGAGGCCGAAGAGGAGGCCUAAGGCAGAGCACCAUCACCUCAGGCUUCUCCGUUCCCUCAGCCUUCUUCCUCAGCUGCCCCUGUCCUCUCCCUCAGAAUUGCAUUUUCUGCCUCUAUCUCAUUUUAUUUUGUUUUGUUUUCCUUUUUUGGAGGGGGGAUCCUAGAACAGUGCCUGGCACAUAAUAGGCGCUCAAUAAAUAUUUGUUGUUUGUUGAAUGUCUCCUCUCUUCCACUCUGGGAAACCUAGAUUUCUGCCAUUCUGGGUAGCCCUGUAUUUCCUUUUGGUGUCCACUUCUCCCAUCUGUCCAGUUGAUAUUUCCCUUUGUUUUUUAAGGUAAUUCUCCAAGAAGCUGGGUCUCAUCAGAUCCCAUUUAGAACCAUGUGCUGAAAACCCAGUAGAUGGCUACCAUCCUAAGCCCAUGUGGUAGCCCAGGGGAAAGGAAAUCAAGUUACCUCAUAGCAGUAGAGGUGUACCUAUAAGGAAGGGGUAGGGUUUUCUAUUCUAGAGCAGUUUUGGAGAGGGAUAUUCAGGCUAUUGAGUCCUAAUUUCCAGGAAUUUCCCUGCUCCUCUCAGCUUCAGGAGAGGUGUUAACAGUAUUAUCUCUAUUUUUCGUCUUCUUCCAAGCUCUGUCCUGAGCUGUUUUUUUUGCAGGGGUCUGCCCCACUCUGUUAAAUAGGAUCCUCCCUCUCCUUUAUAACCUCCUUCAUGUUGGAUUCCUUCCUUUUCCCCUGGUUGGAGAAGGGGGCCAAGAGGGGGAAGAGGGACUAGCCUCCAGAAAGACCCUCCCCCUCCCCACCUUUUCUUAGCAAACACCCAGCUCUGCUGUGUAUAUAUGGAAAGGUGUGUAUUGCCACCUAAAUCUUCUGAAUCAUUCUUCCAGAGGGGACAAGGAGACCCUCCAUCUUGGGCAACAUCUCAUUUCUUCCUUUUGCUAUUCCCUCCCCCCGCCCUUGGCUUCAUCCUGUCCUACACUUCAAAUUUCUAUUUUGUGUUGAACUUGCUUUUUUUCAUAUUGAAAAGAUAACAUUGCCCCAAGAGCCAAAAAUAAAUGACAACUGAAAAAAA